AUGGGAAGACAGUGGUAUCGUGAAGGUAGACUGAACAAGAAACAUAAAAGUUUUGAGGAUGUUGAAGCUUGUCUUAAACAUCUACAUGAUGCUGGAUAUUCCUGUGCAGGUAAAACAGCUGUAUGUGGUACAAGUGCUGGUGGGUUACUAAUGGCAACAGUAUGUAAUAGAUCACCACAUCUAAUCAAAGCUGCUGUAUUAAAAGUACCAUUUGUUGAUGUUCUUAACACUAUGUUGGAUCCUAUGCAACCUUUGACCUCCCAAGAAUAUGAAGAAUUUGGUAAUCCACUGGAUGAUAGGAAUAUACUUGAUUAUAUUGACAGAAUACCCUUCAAUGCUGUUAACUGCAAGUAUGAAUGA